AUGGUUAUCGUCAAUUUUUUAUUAAAUGAAGAAGAACAACCUAAUGAAGAUGAUGAUUUUCCUGAUGAUGAAGAAAUUGAUCAACGAUACAAGGAUUUUGCAGACAGAAUUUUGGAUUUAGCUGAUAACGAUCAAAUAUUAACACCAGCAAUGUUGAAACAAUUGUUAAAAGACUUUAAAAUUGAAAAACAUAAAGAUUAA